AUGACCACAACUGUUGCUCCAACAACGACAACUGUUGCUCCAACAACCACAACUGCUGCUCCCACGACUACAACAGUUGCCCCAACCACAACUGUUGCUCCAACGACCACAACUGUUGCACAAAGGACCACAACUGUUGUACCAACGACCACCACAGUUGCUCCAACGACCACAACUGUUGCUCCAACAACCACAACUGUUGCUCCAACGGCCACAACUGUAGCACCAAUGACCACAACAGUUCCUCCAACAACCACAACUGUUGCUCCAACAACCACAACAACCACAGUUGCUCCAACGACCACAACUGUUGUUCCAACAACCACAACUGCUGCUCCAACGACUACAACAGUUGCCCCAACCACCACAGUUGCUCUCACAACAACAACUGUUGCUCCAACGACCACAACUGUAGCAUCAAUGACCACAACAGUUCCUCCAACAACCACAACUGUUGCUCCAACGUCAACAACAGUUGACACAACCACCACAGUUGCUCCAACGACGACAACUGUUGCUCCAACAACCACCACGGCUGCUCAAACCACCACCACCACAGUUGUUCCAACGACCACAACUGUUGCUCCAACGACCACAACUGUUGCUCCAACUACCACAACUGCUGCUCCAACGACCACAACAGUUGCCCCAACCACCACAGUUGCUCCAACAACGAAAACUGUUGCUCCAACAACCACCACGGUUGCUCCAACCACCACCACAGUUGCUCCAACGACUACAACUGUUGCUCCAGUGACCACAACUGUUGCUCUAACGACCACUACUGUUACUCCAACGACCACAACUGUUGCACCAACGACCACAACUGUUGCACCAACGACCACAACUACAACUGUUGCUCCAACCACAACAACUGCUGCUCCAACCACCACCACAGUUGCUCCAACCACCACCACAGUUGCUCCAACCACCACCACAGUUGCUCAAACAACCACAACUGUUGCUCCAACAACCACAACUGCUGCUCCAACUACCACAACCGUUGCUCCAACAAACACAACGGCUGCUCCAACCACCACCACAACAACUGUUGCACCAACGACCACAACUGUUGCACCAACGACAACCACAGUUGCUCCAACGACCACAACUGUUGCUCCAACGACCACAACUGUAGCACCAAUGACCACAACAGUUCCUCCAACAACCACAACUGUUGCUCCAACGACCACAACAGUUGCCCCAACCACCACAGUUGCUCCAACGACGACAACUGUUGCUCCAACAACCACCACGGCUGCUCCAACCACAACCACAGUUGUUCCAACGACCACAACUGUUGCUCCAACAACCACAACUGCUGCUCCAACGACCACAACAGUUGCCCCAACCACCACAGUUGCUCCAACAACGACAACUGUUGCUCCAACAACCACCACGGUUGCUCCAACAACCACCACGGUUGCUCCAAGCAACACCACAGUUGCUCCAACGACCACAACUGUUGCUCCAACAACGACAACUGUUGCUCCAACAACCACAACUGCUGCUCCAACCACAACCACAGUUGCUCCAACCACCACCACAGUUGCACCAACCACCACCACAGUUGCUCCAACCACCACCACAGUUAUUCAAACAACCACAACUGUUGCUCCAACAACUACAACUGCUGCUCCAACGACCACAACCGUUGCUCCAACAACCACCACGGCUGCUCCAACCACCACCACAGUUGUUCCAACGACCACAACUGUUUCUCCAACGACC